CAAAAAGGCAUUGGUGUUGGUGCAACUUGGAGGACCGCACAGGGUGACGCGACGUCCUCUGAAAAUUGGCGCUGGAAGUUGAAUGACAACGUGAUUAGUGCUUUCGAACAACCACUGAGAUAACUCGACAGGCUGCAACACCUGGCAGUUGUGAAUGAUUCAUUAGUAACUGCGGAUAGAGGAUACGACUGGCUAGCGCCGCUGGACACAGUACUACAUCGCCAGCGGUUCUGUCAUACCAUGACCGUCUAAGGCGUGAGAAACACCAUUAAAACAAACGGCUGAAAUGGAUACCAUCGGGGUUUCGUUUUUGGACCCUCUGGACGACUACGAGAUAAUUCAUCGUAUUGGGAGUGGCACAUACGGAGAUGUAUUUAAGGCACGGAACAUCAAAACCUCUGCAAUCGCUGCUAUCAAAAUUGUGAAACUGGAUCCUGGUGAUGACAUCACGUCUAUCCAGCAGGAGAUCACCAUGAUGAAGGAAUGCAAGCACAAGAACAUCGUGGCCUAUUUCGGCAGCUACCACAGGAAUACUAAGUUAUGGAUAUGCAUGGAGUUCUGCGGGGGAGGGUCGCUGCAGGACAUCUACCACGUGACUGGACCAUUGAAGGAGAAACAGAUCGCUUAUGUCUGCCGGGAAACAUUACAGGGCCUGUACCAUCUGCAUGAAACAAGCAAAAUGCACAGGGAUAUUAAGGGAGCUAACAUCCUCAUCACAAACAGAGGAGAUGUCAAACUAGCUGACUUCGGUGUUGCCGCGGAGAUCAGUGCUUCUGUUGCCAAGAGGAAGUCUUUCAUUGGAACUCCCUACUGGAUGGCUCCGGAAGUGGCAGCGGUGGAGAAGAAGGGCGGCUACAACCACCUGUGCGACAUCUGGGCGGUGGGCAUCACCGCCAUCGAGCUGGCCGAGCUCCAGCCGCCCAUGUUUGACCUUCACCCCAUGAGGGCGCUGAUGCUCAUGUCUAAGAGCAGUUUCCAGCCGCCCAAACUCAAAGACAAAAGCAAAUGGUCUGCAGGCUUUCACAGCUUUGUGAAGAUGGCGCUCAUUAAGAAUCCCAGAAAAAGACCUACUGCAGAGACACUCCUUCAGCACCGGUUUGUGACCCAGCUGCUGACCAGAAAUCUCAUCAUAGAGCUGCUGGACAUGGCCAACAACCCAGACCUCCACAAUACACAGAACCUAGACGAGAACGACCUGGAGACUGGAGAUGCUGCUCCUGAUAAGAUUCAGUCAGAGGGGAAACACUUGACAGUCGCAAAGACGCUGUCUGAAGAACAAUUUGACCAGGUGAAGUUUGGCUUUCCACGGAGGAAAGAGAUGGAGCCCUACCCCGACCUGGGUUCUUAUGACGACUGGAGCAUCUCUGGAGAUGAGGCUGAAUCACCGAGUCUGCUGGAAUGUGUGGAGGAGGCCCUGCAGCAGAGGAGUCUGACCAUUAAGAGAGUGUUGUCCUCUGAGUGGGGUAAGGGUGGUAUCAGGCGGAGUGGGCUGUUCAACCCCCCCCCUGCAUCCAGCACCGCGUCUCUCCCCGCCAUAGGCUCCUACCCCCCCACCCUGGAGGACAGAGACCUCACACUCAAAGCCAGCGCCACUAUGGGCCUUGACGCCACCCUCAGGCCACUCUCAGUCCUGUCAAGGUGCUCGGCUAGUCAGGAUGUCCGAGACUGGUGCAGUGACCCCGACCUGCCUGAAGGGGGCGAUAUACAGGAGGAGGAGAGCUCGGAGCACGGUACCUCCCCCCCCAAAGACACCGGCCUCUCCCCAGAAUGGAGCACUCUGAGGCGGAAGAAAGAGGAGUCGAGAGCAGAAUGUCACGGACUGCCUCCAACACCCCACGUGCACAUGGGAGCUUGCUUCUCCAAAGUCUUCAACGGCUGCCCUUUGAAAAUCAACUGUGCUGUGACAUGGGUCUUCCCAAAGACCAGAGAUCAGUACCUCAUCCUGGGGUCAGAGGAGGGCGUCUACACCCUCAACCUCAACGAGCUUCAUGAGGACACACUUGAAAAGCUGCUUCCACAGAGGUGCACAUGGUUGUACAUCAUGAACAAUGUCCUCAUGACUGUCUCAGGGAAGUCGUGUCAGCUCUACUCCCACUGCUUGACGGCUCUUUUUGAGCAGCGCACCAACCUGCAGAAGAAACAAAGCCACCUGUCUCUCAGCACCAACCGCUUCACCGAGCGCAUCACUCCCAGGAAGUUUGCGGUGUCGGUGAAGAUCGCGGACACCAAAGGCUGCCGGAGGUGCAGUGUAGCGCGUAACCCCUAUACAGACAGCACCUUCCUGUGUGGAGCUGUACCCUCUGGGCUGGUCGUGUUACUCUGGUAUGACCCCCUGCAGAAGUUUAUGCACCUCAAGCACAUAGCGAUGAGUUUGCCUGAUUCGUUGCCCGUCUUUGAGCUGCUGGUGGUGGUGACGGACGAGUUCCCCCAGCUCUGUGUGGGGGUGAGAGAAUGUUCCGGAGGGGGUGAAGACACAGAGGCCGGACAGCAGCUGAAGUUUGACAUUGUCAACCUGAACGGCUUGCCCAGCUCCCAGCCAGACUCUAAACCUGUAGAUGCCGUGCAGGUGACCCAGCUGGACCGGGACACUGUUCUCAUCGCCCUGGACAAGACGGUGAGGAUUGUGAACCUGCAGGGCUGCCCAAGUAAAGAGUUCACCUCUCUACUGGACUUCAGUUUCCCCAUCCAGACUCUGGUAUGUUUACAAGACAGCAUUCUGGCAUUCUGGAAACAUGGGCUUCAAGGGAGGAGUCUGCAAACCAACGAGGUCACACAGGAGAUUACUGACGAGAGCCGUGUCUUUCACGUUCUGGGGACAAGCAGGGACAUCGUGCUCCAGAGCAUUCCCACUGAGGACCCCUCCGCAGCCGGUAACCUGUAUAUCCUGGCCGGGCACGAGAGCAGCUACUGAUCUGAGGAGAGAAGAGAAGAGAAGAGAAGAGAAAAGAGGAAAAGAGAGAAGAGCAAAGAAGCAAAUAGAGGUGGGGAGAGGGAAAACAAAGCGGAGAGAGAGAAGAGCAGGCGGGGGUUAAGGAAGGUCGAAGGUCAUGGGUCAUGGCAUAAAGUGUUACGGGCAUCGCCUGGACUCUAAGCCUUGGAGGAGAGGAGGAAGCAGCAUCAGCAUCACGCACCAUCUAUCGCCUCUUCUCUCAGCCUCAGGCACAUGGAGACUGAGGAGGGGGAAAGGAUCGAGGCACAACUGACAGAGAUGAGGCUGAGACCACGAUGCUGGGGAAAUCCUUAAUCCCUAAUCCUUCUGCUCGUGUGGGCGUGUGUGUGUGUGUGUGUAAAACGAGAGAGAGAGAGAGGGGGGAGAGUGUGUGUCUGUGCUUGAGAAAGA